AUGUCAAAAACAACACCAAGCACCUCUGCUCAGUCGCUCCCGAGAAACUUGCGAUCCCCUCCUCAAAAAUCACGACCAGGUCUGGUUCAGAAUGGAUCAGCUCGCUCAAUACCAUCAUCAUCCUCGCUACCGAACGGACUCAAAUCUAAGGAUAAUGUGCUUUCGCUGGAUCCGGAUGAGUUGUUUGAGAAACAUACUGUGCAUGAGGUGAAAUCUAUUUUGCAUAGGUUAAGGUCAGAUGUGGAUGCAAAACAGGAAGAGCUUCGGAUGAUGGUUGGCGAACGGUACCGAGAUCUGCUACAAGCUUCAACUUCAAUCAUUGCCAUGUCCCAUUCAUCCAAGCGGGUCCUUGAUACAGUAACGAGGAUGAAGCAAAUCGUAUCCUCGGACCUUCGCGCACAAGCUUCCCCCAGCGGAGCCAAAAAGGGCAGUGAAGUCGAAGAUGCACAAUUAAAGAUAUUUCAAUGUCUUGCCGCGCAUCUGAAGCUCCUACUCGACGCCCCGGAACAUCUAUGGCGAUUACUGGAGAGGAAACGAUGUUUGCAUGCUGCAUGGCUCUUCCUACUCGCCCGUGUUGUGUAUCGGUCCUUGGUCAAUGAGGGCGAAGUUGAAGGCCAGGAUUGGAUACAGCAUGGGAUACAUGUCAAGGACCAAUUUCCUCUGGUCCAGCGACAAUGGGAAUCCGUAUCUCAGUUUCGAACGCAAAUCUCACAUCGGGCCACCCUUUCUCUCCGAGAACAAAGUCUUGAACCCCGGGAUCUUUGUGGGGCAGUACUUUCCCUCCAUCUUCUUGACUCCCUACCUUUAUCCGAUGCGUUGGAUGUAUUCCUGAAGCAACGAUCUCGGAUGUUGCAAAACCUUUAUGUGACAAUCAAGGAAUCCUGGGGAAAAGAUGCUAAAACUUCGUCUGCCCCCGCAAGAUCUGUUAGUAGAGAGCGCAUCAAAAACGUUUGGGAUGCUUUCCGGUCGAUUUUAGGUGCAAUUGUUGGAACUGUUGGUGGAGCUCGUGCGGUGUUCCGAGAACAUGUCGACGGCUCUCCUUCGAUGAUCACGCAGGUACUGAUGUUCACCCAAAGCGACUCACCUCACCCGGAAGAAUCACUUCCACUGGAGCUCCGACUCUCUUCGCAAGCUCUUCUGUCCUCAUUGCCUAACUCAAACCACUUCCUUGCACUCCCUGUGGACAUCAGAUCAUACCGACCAUUCAUCGAUUUAGAAUCUCACUCGUCCACCAUUAACACGCGUGCUUUGAACGCAAAAUUGCGGACCUGGUUUGCCGAUGCGACGAAGCAUCUUCACGAGGCGGCUGGCUCGUGGUUAUCUCACCUGGGGACAGUCAAAAAUGUUUGGGAGCUUCGCUCCUCUGCAUUGGAAUGGAUUUCAGCAUCCACAGAUCUCUUAGACGGAGACGACAUCAAAGAACUGCGCACGCUAGUUGAUAAUCUGUGCGGGACUCGUAUUCAGGAGAUAUGGAAAACCGCGUUGGAAAAUCUCUCAUCCUCGUUCCGCAAUAACUUGCACUCCCUAGUCGAGGCUGUUCAGGAAGAAAGGGAGGACUGUCAUUUUGAACUAUCACCCGUAGAGUUCCUUCUUUCAGCACCCCCGACCCCCUCAGUAACACAUGCAUCCUUGAACGUACCACUAGCACAAUCUUCAUUUAAUCGGUUUAAGCAUGGCAUUCAACAGCGAAUCGAUGGCAUGACACCAAGGAUUGACACUCUUUUAUCCGACACAGAGUCCGCCACGGUUAAACUGCGCGAUGACCUAGACCGCGCAUUCACAGAUGACCAGGAUGAUACUUUUCGUACGCUGUACGCUUCUGACUCAGAAAAAGCUGCUGGCGAGCUGGUCACUUCAGUGGAAGGCUUGCUUGGCGCGGAAACUGAGGAUUCAGGAGAGCGAAAAAAGCGUUUAUACUUGUUGGCCCGAAUAGCUCAAAAACUAUCAAUAUCUCCUUUAAUUAGUUAUCUGCGAUGCUCUGCUGCCUUCAGUGACGAGUGCCAUGCGCGGGCACGUCGCAUUUACGAUGUAUGCGUAGAAAAAUGUGCCACGAUUGCUAUUGCAUCCGCAAGAGACACCUUCCUGGGCGAGCCCACCGCAAAAUCUCAUACCAUCAAUCAUACUCCCACACUCCCUUCCAAUACUUCGCCUCAGUUAAUGAACGCACUCCUUUCACUUGUGGAGUCCGUAGAAAAGUUCGGCCAUUUCAAGGACGAUACCCAGCGAUCCGCAGUAGCCAAAACAAUACUAAUUCGAUUCGUAGACGUCAUCGCCGAGUCACUACAACAGUCAAAGCGGCAGCCUGACCUGCAAUUGAUAAGGGAUUUAGACUUCUUAAAGGCCAUCUGCGACGAGUGGGGUACCCCACUUAAGAAGUCUGCAUCCUCGUUGGAUCGGACUAUCGAGAAAUCUUAUCAGGCCUUACCAUCGCAUAUCCGAGAGUCCCACCUCGAAAUCAAGACGGAAAUGCAACGAAGUAUUUCUCAGAGUAUCAGCAACGUCAGGCUUCUACUCUCGCCUCUAAUGGCCCCAUUGGAUGUCUCGUCUCUUAAGCCAUCUUCAUCCGAGGCUGACAAGCGAAGACCGAGCACUUCCUCUGUCGGUGGAGAGCGCGAGAUGCAUCCUCCACUGAACCUGGUGAAACCAUCUCCGCGUUUUGGACUGAUUUGGGUAGCUAGUGCUGCGUCUCAGUAUCAGCGAGCUCAGACCUUUCUAGGCCAGGUUCUCGUCCAUUCGGUCAACAUUCCUGAUUGCAGCAAAAUUUCGCAACACAAAAACAAUUCUAACUACGUCAACAGCGGGCGUAUUGGAACUCAACUUGCCGUCGAGCCGUUACACAACAUUGGGAACAAGAUUUACGAAAUCUACGAAUUACUUGGCGACAACCCCUGCUGGGAUGGCUCGGUUCUCAUUGCCUCCUUCCUGGUCAGAAGCAGCGUCAGAGCUACGAUCGUCCACAAGAGUCUCGCUAUCCGCAUCUUCAUCAAUAGUGCCUUCAGCACGGGGCUCAUACGGCGGUGGAGGGCUCGUUGGGAUGGAGCCUUGUUGCGCCUCAUGGCCCGCGCAGGCGCAAGUAGUAUUGGUCUGCGGCGCGUUGUGCUGCACCAAGACUUGUAUCGUAGUGGUGCAACUGGUCAGGUUGUUUCCGUAAACGAACAUCGACAUGCUGGCAUGAAAGGCGGUAUGAGAUCUCGAGAGAACGACACAGCGACGGUGCUCGGCGUACCUGUCUUGUUGCAAGUCAGAACAAGUGAUAGCAAUGCGUCUACAGCGACGAUGACACGCAAAGGAGUGACUAUAUUGACGAUGUUGUGA